UUGUGCGUGGACAGGGGGAAAAGGAAGACACGGAGUCCGGCAGGCCGCCGGGAUGAGCCUCUGCGGUGGCCGGAGACCAUGACCCAGCCGAGACCGCCACGGCUGCAUGACAACGCGGAGCGAGACUCGGACGCCAAGCAGAAGAGGAAGGUAGCCGAGAUCUACCAAGUGCUAAACAAUGAGCCGGUGGACAUUGCUCCCCUCCGGCGCAUGGCUAUCAGCGAAGGAGGCCUUCUCAUGGACGAGAUUCGCUGCAAAGUGUGGCCCAGACUUCUCAACGUGAACAUAGACGACUUGCUGCCUGCACCAGAGGAAGAACUUCGGGAAAACAGCAAGGAUUAUCAGCAAGUCCUGCUGGAUGUAAGACGUUCCCUCCGACGUUUCCCGCCAGACAUGCCCGAUGAGCAGAGGGAGGGACUCCAGGAAGAGCUGAUAGACUGCAUCCUCCAGGUUCUGCAACGCAACACACAACUCCAUUAUUACCAGGGAUACCAUGACAUUGUGGUCACCUUCCUCCUCGUGGUGGGGGAGAGGCUGGCCGCCACCCUGGUGGAAAAACUCUCAACCCAUCACCUCAGGGAUUUUAUGGACCCAACCAUGGAAAACACCAGACAUAUUUUAAAUUACCUGAUGCCCAUCAUAGACCAAGUGAACCCAGAUCUCCACGAUUUCAUGCAGAGGUAAAAGUAAUUUUUAAGGUGUUU